CAAGCGUUUUCAUCGUGUUCACAAUUGCUUUCGCCGGACCCUGGAUCUUCACCUGUGAAAGUUGCAAAGUAAAAUGUCUGAAGAACCAGAUGGACCACCUCAGGAAGAAAACCCUGAGCCGGUCCCCGCCACGGAAGCUGAGCCAACGGCAGAUGCCACCGAGGAAGAAACGGAUGAAGCGGUGGCUGCGCCACAAGAGCAGCCUCAGCUGGCGGAGGACCAGCCUGUAGCCUCCGUUUCACAGGAGGGUUCGAGUGAGGCCGAGGCUAGCGGCACAGUGGAGGAGUCGGCCGGCAGCCGUGGUCGGGAGGGCAGCUCGGGCAAUGGCACCGGCUCUUCACCAGCGCCAGGGAGCUCGGACGGUAUUACAGGGGGGUCUGGUAGUGGCGCCUCUAUGCCUAAGAAGCCAUCAUCAAGUCAUGAACUGCCUGCCAACUCUGAGAGCCGCGCUAGUGCUACAAAGGUUGGCAGCCAUGAUCAGGUAAAAACGCCCGGCAGUAGUGUCGGUGACAAAAAGCCGCCCAGUGGUGCCAACAGCAGGUCCAGCAUCAGUAAAACACCUAGCCAAGCGACCACUGACCCGGCGAAGAAGCUUGCGAGUGCCGGUGGCUCGCUGACGACGACGGGCAGCCGGUCCUCCACGGCGCGCGGGUCGGCCCCGGCCGACGGCCAGCGGUCAGCCUCUGCGCGCUCCGGCGCCACGGGCUCUCAGGUGACGGGCAGCGGCAGCGGCACGUCGCGCCGCAGCCGCACCUCUAUGCUGUCGGCGCCGCAGGAGGAGCCCUGGGUGCCUCCCGAGUACAGGCCGCAGGACUUUGUGUCCGGCCCGGAGGUCUCCGAGCAAUGCCCGCUGGGCAGCCAGACGCUCCAAUUCGUCCACUCGUUCGGUUACGACUGUCUGAAGGCGGACAACCUGUGCCUGCUGGACGUCAGGACGGCCAUGUUCGUGUCCGGAAAUCUGGUGCACUUCCUCGACCUGGAGGACAGGAGUCUCAGCUACAUGCGCAGCUCCGCCCCCGGAGGCAUCGGCCACGCCACGGUCCACCCGGGUGGCCAGCACUUUGCCGUGGCUGAGAAGGGUGACGGGCCGAGGAUCAUCGUGUACCGGUGGCCGGAGCGGACCGUCUACCGCGUCCUGACCGGCGGCACACAGCGCGAGUACGCCUACGUCGCCUUCAACGCGAGCGGCGACCUGCUGGCCUCGCAGGGCGGCGACCCGGACUUCAUGCUGACGGUCUGGAACUGGGAGACGGAGAGCACGCUGCUGCGCUGCAAGGCCUUCUCGCAGGACGUCUACAAGGUCACCUUUUCACCGUUCCAUCCGGGACAACUCACGUCCGCAGGACUUGGUCACAUCAAAUUAUGGAAGAUGGCUAAGACGUUCACGGGUCUGAAGCUCCAGGGCCGGCUGGGCAGGUUCGGCAAGACCGAGAUCUCCGACAUCAACGGAUUUCUGCAGCUGCCGGACGGCAAGGUGAUAUCUGGCUGCGAGUGGGGCAACAUCCUGGUGUGGGACGACGCCCUCAUCAAGGUGGAGAUCACUCGCCGCGACGGCAAGCCGUGCCACAACGGCACCAUCCACAAGUUCCACCUGGAGGAGGGCGAGCUGAUCUCACUCGGCAGUGACGGCUGGGUGCGCACCUGGGAUUUCGACACGGUGGACCAGGCUGAGGCCUCUGAGGAGCUGAACGGCAGGUACGCGCUGGAUCCGAUGAACGAGCUGCAGUUCGCGGCCGGCAGCAACCUGGUCUCCAUGUGGCCCCACCCCGACCCGGACCUGGAGAGCAUCUGGUUCAUGCAGGACGGCAACGGUGGCAUCUGGAAGGCCGACCUCAGCUUCUCGAUGACGACCAGAGGCCCGGAGCGGCUGUACGAGUGUCCGGCGGGGCCGCUGCGCGCUCUGGUCGCCUGUCCGACCGGCCCGCUGAUGGCGGCCACUGGUGACGACGGUCACAUCGCCGUCUUCAACUACCGGCGGCGGGAGCUGCUGGUGCGCAGCCGGUUCCCAGCCGGGGGCACCACACUCAUCUGGCUCUCGGCCGAGGUGUGCGGCAAGACGAGCCAGCUGCUGGCCGGGUUCGCCGACGGCUGCCUGCGCCUGGUGGAGCUGCACGCGGGCGCCAGGAAGGGCGCCUUCGGCCUCAGUCUGCUGUACGUCCAGAAGCCUCACACGGCGCCCAUCACCGUCAUGAAGCAGAGCCCCUCCGGCCGGAUGCUGGUGACGGCCUCUGACGACGGCACCGUGUGGUUUUUCUCACUGCUGAUCGAGGAGGGCCAGUUCUCUGUGGCCCCGCUCGGGUUCGCCGUGUACGGAGAGCCCGGCGAGACCGUCACCGGCCUGGAGUUCGUGCCCGGCAGCGAGAAGAAGUUCCUGCUGUUUACGGGCGCCGGCCGUGUGCUGGAGAUGCGGACACCGGGCGUGAAGGACCUCACCGACCACACCACCUACGGUAUCAAGGGCAUCCGCGGCCGUAGCUGGCAGUUCAAAACGGUGAAGUCGGAGAUCCUGCGGGAGGAGGCGCGGCUGGCCCGGGAGGCGGAGAAGGACAAACAGCGCUCCGAGCUGCAGGCAGACAUUGACGAGCGAAAAAAGCUCGGACUGGAGGUCGAUGAAAACACCGAAAAAGCCAAGCUGGAGAAGCGUCUGGCGCUGGAGGACCGCGAGCUGCCAGAGAUCCCGCUGGUGGUGCCGGAGCCGCCGUCGCCGGUGCUGGUCGGCGUGCCGGCCGCCGACGGCACGUUCACGCUGCUCAUGGGCGGCUGGGAUGCCGGCUGGGUGCACUCGGCCUCCUUCAAGGAGGCGCGGCCCACGGCCGUGCGCGUGCCCGGCGCCGAGCAGGUCGGCGUCAGCUUCCGAACCUUCAGCGCGGACGGCAAGUACAUGGUGCUGGGACUGGUGGACGGCCGGAUUCGGAUCCACGCCGUCCACGAGGACCCGUGGGCGCUGGACGACUACUGGCACCUCCACAUGCACGACAACACGUACGGCCGCAUCACGGGCAUCUGCUUCUCCUACGACGGCAGGAACCUCAUUACGUGCGGCACCGAUGGGAACAUUUUUCUGUUCGACUUUGUGCCCCCUGAGGGCAUAGCACGACCCCGGUCAUCAAAGUUCGUCAUUGGAGGACAGCCGGAGGAGCGGGUGGACGACAUCGAUGACGCGUCCACCUACAGUCUGGAGGAGCAGCGUCAGCGGUCGGCUCUGGACGCCCGCCAGCAGCUGGCUGACGCGCGCAAGGCGGCCGUGCGCGCCGACCUGGCAGAGCUGCGCCGAGAGUUCAAACAGUGGAUCGGCCUGAACCAGGGCCUGCCGAGACAGGUGGCUCUCAGUCACGACGAGCUGCUGCUGGACGAACGGAUCCGGGCCGAGCAGAGGCGCAAGGCCGAGGAAAGCCUCCAGACGGCUCUCAAAGAAAUGGAAUGGGAUGCUGAAAAGUGUCGGCUGGGUCGUUCAAAACUCUUCGACAAGUUCAAGGGAGACAUGGAGCACGACAGAGUUGCUGUUAGAGGUUUCAGGAACCAGCGCGAGGUGUCCACCUACCGCGUGAAGAAGCUGUCGGCCAGCUUCUGGAGGGCGCGCGAGGACACGUCGGCCACCAUUAGCCACCUGGACGUGGCCGCGCUCUCUCGAGCACCGUCGAGCGCGGCACCCUCCCGGUCGCGGCUGGCCAUCGCCGCCGACCCGGACGCCAACCGGUUCGAACAGAUGAGCGCUGCGGCGCGCCGGCAGACCAGGAAGAGCGUCGGAGUGCGCGCCUACCGCGCCCUGCUCCGGCUCGAGGAGAAGCGAACCAAGCGGCGCCGGCGUCGAACACAGUGGACCAAGAUGCUGGCGUGCCGGCCGGACGGGCAGACGGACGACCCGGCCGAUCUGGAGGCCAUCCAGGCGGCCGUCGACAGCCUGGGCGACUUCAAACUGAAAACGGCCGCCGACUUCAAGGUGGUCGACUCGCACCAGAAUACCACGCACCUCAAGAGGCUGCAGCUGCUCUCAGUCAAAGAACAGCUGUACAAGCACAAAGUGGCGUUCAACGAACGUGUGCUGGCGAUGAGACGCCGGAAGAAAGAGGUGCUCAACAGCGUCCACGUGGCGCUGGCUCGCGCGGCAGAGCUGCAGAGUCAGCUGCCGGCGUCGCUGCAUAUUCAGCUGCCGCUCCGGCCGGCACUGGCUGAGGACGAAAACCCUGAGGCUGUCUACCAGAUGUCGGACGCCGCGCUGGCCGAGUACCGGCGGGCGGCGGAGGCGGCGGCCGCCGCCGCUCACCAGGACCCGGCGCGACUCGCCGUCGCCACCGCCACCGCCGCCGAGACGCCGUCGGAGGGCACAGGCGCCACCACCACGCCGGCGACCACGCUGCGCCGGCGCAGUCUGCUGCGCGCGCGACACCAGGGCGCCGCCGUCGAGGGGGUGGCCGUGCACCGGGCCCGGCCUGUGGCGCAUAUUUCGCAGACGGACCAUGCGCUCCGCCGCAUGACCGAGAUCAGGACGGUGUUCGCUCGGGACCGGGAGCUGAAGAGGGUCGAUCAGCUGAUGGAGGAGUUCGACACCGAACUCUACGACCUGUGGAGGCAGAUGGUGCACAUCGAAUACAAGCUCAAGAACGGGGAUCUUCGUCUGCUGACCAGGUUCCGGGAGCUGAUGCUGGUGCGGGAGUUUGAGAAGCGCGAGGCGGCGCUGAACGCGACGCUCCAGGAGAGGAUGCUGGAGGACGCCGAGGGCCAGCUGUCGCUCUCGGAGGUAACGCUAAGGUUCGAAAACCAAAAGCGCGAACAAGAGGACCUUGAACAGCGACUAAAAGACCUGGCCAAAGAGGUCACAUCCAAUGUGCCUGGAGACAAGUACGCCAAGUUCCUCCUGCGGGUUUACCGUAGGAAAGUCAAGAUAAAGCCUGAUACCAAGAAAGACGAGGACGAGGACAGCGACUCGUCGUCGUCGCUGUCCGACUCGGACGAGGACGACUCGGACGAGGACGAGGACGAGGACGAGGAGGACGCCGUCCAGGAGACCUGGGACCUGGCCGCCUGCCCGCCCGGCUGCGACCAGCAGCUCUACGACUGGGUCGCCGACAUGAGGCUGAAAAGGGGGGACCUGGAGCUGGAGCUGGCUGGGAAGCGCCUGUCAUUCGAAGUGGCCAAGAAGGAGUUUGAGACGGCCCAGAAGAAGGCCAAGGCGACCACCUCGGCGCUGCAGGCGAUCAAAGACGAGAUCCACGCCUUCCAGCUGCAGAAGCUGGCGCGCCUGAACGAGCUGGAGGUGGCCGUGUCGCUGCAGCUGAGCCAGCUGCAGCUGCUCGAGAGCCAGCGGCUGCCCGCCGAGCUGGGCGCAGCGCUCGUCUUCUGGGACGCCGAGCUCGAGCGGCUGGCGGUGCGCAUCGACGAGUUGUACGCCGAGACGGCGCAGGAGAAGGCCAACAGGAGGGCCAGCUACAAGGACGAGCGCCGGCUGAAGCUCGACUGCAGGCUGAUGGAGACCUAUAUCGAGAAGCUGGAGAAACAGAGCGUGGCUGAGAUGAAGAAAAAGUUCGGCCGGCUGGUGGACCUGGAGGAGCUCGAGUCAUUGAUGGUCAACGAGACGGUCGAGGAGCUGCGUAUCCGCCUGGAGGGUGAACAACGGCUGGUGGACGCCGAGCGGGCCGAUCGCCGGGAGAGGCUAGACCACCUAAGAAAAGAACUAAUAGCAGUGAUAAAGGACAACACCAACAAAGUCGGAGUCAUUCAGAUGCUCAAAGACGAGAAGCGACAUCUCGACAAGGGGCUUAAUUUCGUCAGGAAGGCGGGUAUUGCGCCGCAUGACAAACGGCUGGACGACGCGCUGGAGAUCCAGAACCUGAUGAACACCAUCUGUCUGCAGAAAACCCAGAUAAUGGAAAUGAAGCAGGAGAUUUGGUCUCUGAGUCUGAAGUCGAGGCCGCACAAGGACCCGUGCCGCCGAUUGUCCGUCCGCGGCGGAGACGAGGGGUCUUACGACGACCUCAUGAUGCUGGAGUCGCAGUGUUCGGAGGACUUCCUGGUCCAGAUGGGCCUGAAGCACGACUCGAGCGGCGCGCGCGGCUCGGGCGACAGCCGCCGAUCCGCGACUGGCCCGCCACCUGCCGGCGCGCCGGUUCUGCCACCUACAGACCCAGCGUCGGCGGCGGCGGGCGCCGGGAGUGCCGAGGCGCGAGCAGACGGGGAGGAUGGGGAGCGUGCGGAGCUGCCGCCGGCGCGCGCCGCUGACGGAGAGACUGCAGCGGACGGCAGGCCGCCGGCGGCGACACACGCGGACAGUCCCCCACAGCCCGACACAGACGGGACAGGGACAGAGAGUGCGGCCGACCGAGCAGGGUCCGGUCCACCGGGGGAGGCGGGGCCACCGCCCGAGCAGCCUGAGCCAGACAGCGCCGCAGACGGGCAGCCUGAGCCAGACAGCGCCGCAGACGGGCAGCCUGAGCCAGACAGCGCCGCAGACGGGCAGCCUGAGCCAGACAGCGCCGCAGCCGAGCAGCCUGAGCCAGACAGCGCCGCAGACGGGCAGCCUGAGCCAGACAGCGCCGCAGACGGGCGGCCUGAGCCAGACAGCGCCGCAGCGGACCAUCCUGAGCCAGACAGCGCCUCGGUGGCACAGCCUGCGGCCGGCAGCACCACAGCCGAGCCGGCGGCGGCCGUGGACGCAGCUGGAGUUCCGGAGCAGCGGUCGGAACUGGACACAGAGCCGGACGCGGACGGCGCCGCGGCCGGCCAGCACGAUGGACCGGGCGGCGAGGAGCAACCGCCGGGGCCGGGGGAGACCGCGCCGCCGCCAGCCGAGUAGUGGGACCGGGGAGCGCGGACAGAGACCGCAGGGGACCACCGGGGACCGCGGACAGAGACCACCGGUGGCCGGUGGCCGGAGCGGCCGGCGGCCUGUGCGGCGGUUCGCUGUCACUGGUGUCACCUCUCGGAGACAAAUGUGUGGGGCGGUUGCACUACUCACAUUGCCGCUGCAGUCGGUAGAUAGGUCUCCUGCGGUGUGCAAGGAAACAGAUGACUCUGUUAAUGACUAACGCCCAUUGUAUGAGCUCACAGCCAUCGCACGGCCGAACGUUAACCUGCAGGAUUCGCCGCCUUAUGAUUUGGUGUCGUAGUUUAUUCGUUGUCAAUAUGCAAAGAUCGAUGCUCUUUCAUUGUUGUUAGCCGUUGGAAAUGCUGCUCCAGUAGUUGGGACAACUCCUUAUUUCCCAUAUACCUACGGUACGUAUUUUCGUGUUGGUAUGCUUUCCUGGACAUAAAUAUCAAUAAAUAUGUUUGGUCAUCCA